UUGAUUUUUGGUUCACCUUGUUUAAUUUGCAUGUCAUCAUCGUCGCCACCUUCACCACGAGCUCCACCACCUCCGCUUGCGCUGAGUCGAUCGAUAUAAUUCAUUUAUUUAAUGAUGCGCCAGUCAUGUGCGAUCAACUUGUGCGAUAGCCGCGUCUAUAUAUACGCGCUUCCCUCGAUCUCUAAUGGCUCAGCCACUCAUCGGAGAGGAGAGCAGGGGACUGGAGUGUUUUUUUUUUAUUGUUUUGUUUUUGCAGCGAUUGGUUUCCGUUUGAUCGGCGGAUCGCAGGGGAUGGUGAGCAUUGCGGUGAGGGUGUACGAUCCGGAGAAGGACCUGUCGGCGACGGAGGCCGUCGACCGGCUGUGCGACGGAGGCGCCACCGGUCAGGUCUCGCUCUGCAUGGACCUGCUCGGCGACCCUGCCUCGCGCGUCCGCCACUCCCCCGCCUACAGAAUGCUGGUUGCGGAAACGAGUGGGCCAGUGAAGGAAAUCGUGGGCGUCGUCCGUGGCAGCGUCAAGGUGGUCUCCUGCGGCCGGAAGAUGGCUCGGCAGGGAGGCAUGUUGAAGAAAGGCCAUGCUCCGGCGGAGGCGAGUCCCAUAUACACCAAGGUCGGCUACAUCCUCGGCCUUCGAGUCCUUCCUUCUCACAGGAGAAUGGGAAUCGCAUUGAAGCUGGUGGAGCAAAUGGAGGAGUGGUUUUGGAAGAAGGGUGCGGAGUACGCGUACAUGGCGACCACUAAGGGCAACAAGGCCUCUCUGGGUCUCUUCACCGACCGGUGCGGCUAUUCCAAGUUCCGGACGCCGUCCAUCCUCGUCCACCCGGUCUUCGCGCACCGCCUCCCCGUCCCGCUCUCGAUCACCGUCCACAGAAUCCAUGCUUCGGACGCGGAGCUCAUCUACCGCCGCCGGUUCGCGGCCACUGAGUUCUUUCCGCGCGACAUCGACGCCGUCCUCGCGAACCCCCUAUCCCUCGCCACGCUCGUCGCCGUGCCCUCCGGCUGCGCCGCGGCGGAGCGGUGGCCCGGCGCGGAGGCCUUCCUGGCAGCGCCGCCGGAGUCGUGGGCCCUGGCCAGCGUCUGGGACUGCGGCGGCGUGUUUCAGCUCGAGGUGCGCGGGGCGUCGCGGUUGCGGCGAGCUGCCGCGGCGGCGACGCGGAUGGCGGACAGGGUCAUGCCGUGGCUACGGAUCCCCUCGGUGCCGGACCUCUUCCGCCCGUUCGGGGCCUGGUUUCUCUACGGGAUCGGAGGCGAAGGACCGGCCGCCUCGGUGAUGACCGCGGCGGUGUGGAGAGAGGCGCACAACCGCGCGCGGGGGGCAGCGGCAGUGGUGGCCACUGAAGUCGCAGAGAUGGAGCCGCUCCGGCAGGGGAUACCGAGGUGGCGGCGGCUGUCGGGGGCGGAGGAUGUGUGGUGUAUCAAGCGGUUGACGGAGGAAUACAAUUACAGCGCCGUCGGCGAUUGGACCAAGUCGGCAGCGGGGUCCUCCAUAUUUGUCGACCCAAGGGAAUUAUAAAACACCAACAACAUACGCUUAUAAUCACUUUUGUUUUUUCCUCACAUAUAAUUUUUUAUAAAGAUUGUAAUUUUCACUCCCUUUCUUUCUGUUUCUCUUCUAUGUAUAUAUUUAUACAUAAAAGUAUAUCUCAUAUCUGAUAAAAAAAACACAACUGUUUUUAUUUUAA